GUGUGCCGCACUGGCUGCUUCUCGGCGCGUCCUGAAUGUAAAGUGUGUCCUCUGCUCUGCUCUGGAGCACUGAUGGCUAAACAAAAGCUGAUCUGUCAGAGUGGCUCCUGCUUCUCUCUCAUCCUGAGACGAUCUGAGCAGUAAUGCAAUGAUUACAGUCCAGCUGUCUGUCACGAGCAUCAGUGCUGACAUGUAAACGAGGGUUAAUGUUUGGCUGCUGUAAUGCUCUCACAUCUCUAACGCUGAAUCCAUCGCGAGAGGGAGACAGUCGCCUUGGUAACAGCAGGAUCCGUCCAGCCUCAGCACCAGCUGCAGAGCAUCCAUCAGUCCUCCAGUGAUCCUCACUACUGCUGAACACCAAAUACCACACAGGCUAGCUUUAACGAAAUAAAACCUAAAAUGUGAUCAAGCGCCAGAUCCGAGGUCUGAAAGACUGAGAUGAGACUGUCUGGGCCUUCAGCUCCAGAUGUUCCUCAGUCACGCAUCUGGAGGAACAGCAUCCGCAUCGUUCUGGAAUUCUUCGAGGAAUUCUGAAGGACUGUGAGGUUUCUGACGCCAAACUAAAGCGGGGUUGAAGAUCUCGCAGACAGACAGACAGACAGACACCGAGCAGAAAGACGGAAUAGAAUCAGCCGUUCAUUCAGCGCCGCUGUUCCGUUCGGUGAGACGGUUUUGUGCAUCCGUCGUGAUUCGGUUUUUUUCUUCCGCUCGUAUGUGUGUUUGAUGGCGCCGGUGGGCUGCGAGACGGGCACCGGGUGUGAUGUGAGCGCUUCGGUGAACGGGAGAACAGCAGGGCUGCUGUGGAGCGUCGCUUCUUCGGACCGGAUUCACGAAGCAUUCGACGGAAUAGAGGCCACCUAUGGAAACUGGAGACCAGAAUUUUAGGAAAAAGGCAAGCGAGUGAUUUCACGUUUCAUUUUUUUUUUUUUUUUUCUAAUAAGCUAUCCGCUUUUUUCUUUAACAUUCGCCAGGAUGGAUUGAUUUCACUGACGCGUCGCAGCCCUGAAUGGUUUUCACCCCAAACUGUUUUAGAAUCCAUUCUUGGAAUAUUAGAUUCAUGGAUGCGCGAACGCGAACGCGACUGCUGGACCGGCAGCGGUUCGGAAACGUGAAGGAUUCACAUUCUCACCGGGAGCCUUCAGUCUCUCUCCCAUGCCCUCAAUAGACAGCUGGAUCGGAUCGAGAACAGGCCAGAUUGAGUGAAGAUGAGUUUAACCUUUGCCAGCGUGUUCCGUUCCCAUUUAAUGCUUGGAGAGUCGCUCCCCUGAUAGCACGCGUACAGACGUCUAUUUGACGUCUGCAUUUACAUCUGCAAGACGUAUUUUUUUAGAGUGUUUGCUCAUCUGCGAUCCGUCUAAAGGACGUUUCCUAUCAGAUGUCAAAUAGACGUCUAUUAGAUGUCGAAUGUAUGUAAAACUGACAUCUUACAGGCGUCUGUCAGAUGUUUGUACACAGCAGAUGCUUUCCAGAUCAAGCGAUCUUUAACAGAUGUACAUGUGCUAUCUGGGUCAAGUUCAUCACUUGAUGAGUUGCAUUAGUAUGUAAGUGUAAGUAUAGAAGCGGCCUGCUGUUUGUCUUCCUUCUCGAGGGCCCUCGCCCCGUUUCUUCUUAUUUUUUGUCCUCUUAAAUCCACAAAUAUUUAUUUCUUAUACAUCAAGAGGAAAGGGGGCUCCCCUUUCGUAGAAUGCGGCAACAUGGGCGUGUUUGAGCGCGGCGUCCAGAUGCUCCUGACCACGGUGGGCGCCUUCGCCGCCUUCAGUCUGAUGACCAUCGCGGUGGGGACGGACUACUGGCUCUACUCACGCGGGGUCUGCAAAAUAAAGACUACUAAUGAGAACGAGACCAGCAAGAAGAACGAGGAGGUGAUGACCCACUCUGGUCUGUGGAGGACCUGCUGUCUGGAAGGUAAUUUUAAAGGCAUGUGUAAACACAUCGAUCACUUUCCUGAAGACGCCGACUAUGAAGCCGAUGCAUCAGAGUAUUUCCUGCGUGCGGUCCGGGCCUCCAGUAUUUUCCCCAUCCUCAGUGUGAUCCUGCUGUUCAUUGGUGGCCUCUGUGUCGCCGCCAGCGAGUUCUACAAGACUCGACACAACAUCAUCCUCAGCGCAGGAAUCUUCUUCGUAUCCGCAGGUCUGAGUAACAUCAUCGGGAUAAUCGUGUACAUAUCAGCCAACGCGGGCGACCCGUCCAAGAGCGACUCGAAGAAGAACAGCUACUCGUACGGCUGGAGCUUUUACUUCGGGGCGCUGUCCUUCAUCAUGGCGGAGAUGGUGGGCGUUCUGGCCGUUCACAUGUUCAUCGACCGGCACCGAGAGUUACGUGUGGCUCGUGCUCGGACCAGCACAGGAGGAGACUAUCUUCAGGGGUCCGCCAUCAGCAGAAUCCCCAGCUACCGCUACCGUUACCGGCGCCGCUCGCGCUCCUCCAGCCGCUCCACCGAGCCCUCGCACUCGCGCGACACUUCGCCUGUGGGUCUCAAGGCCUUCGGAGCGCUGCCCUCCACCGAUAUCUCCAUGUACGCGCUGAAGUCUCCUCACGGCACGCCACCGAUGUACAACUCCGAGAGAGAGCCGGACUUCCUUCAGGUGCACAACUGCAUCCAGAAAGACACCAAAGACGCUAAUCGUCGCACUACACCUGUAUGAGAGACAGCGCCCCCUACAGGUGAGGAGGAGAACCGCUCCGCCACAGACGGACUCAUUUCUAACACUACUGAUGAUGAUGAUGACAAGUUUACAUGUUCCAAGUUCCAAAAAAGAAACGUGAAAUGCAUGAUUUUCUUAUCUUCCGUAAACUAACAAGUUUUCAACCGCGUGACGAAUCAGAGCAACAGCGUUUGGACUGAGAGCUCUUGAAAUAUCUUUUCUUCAUGUUUGCUUCAUUUUGUUGCGCAUAAAUACUGUGAAUCUUCGUGGCCGCUGUGAACCCAGGGAAGAGAAAAUGAUCCCACUAACCGGCCGCGAUUUAUAUGUCAUUAUAAACGUAUUAAUGAUACAUGGCUAUAUAUAAAUAUAUGAAAAGAUACAUACAUGAAUAUAUGAACAUCUGUUAAUAAACCACACAUAGACUUCUUGAUUCAAGAAGACGCAAAAAAAACAAAAGAGCAAAUCAGAAGUCAAUAAAAUCAUCAUGGAUAAUAAGAGCUGGAUUCAUGUCGACUCAUUUGCAUGUGUUUUUUCAAACCAUCCUCAGAAAUAGUUGCUAGACUAGACCAGAUUAGACCAACAAACGCGCUCGGGCUGGUUUUUCAGCAGCAUCACAGACUCAGAUCUGCUGCAGGAUGAAGACGGACACUGAGAUCCAACUCUCACUCAUUCAUUGUGUGUGUGUGUGUGUGUG